GCGCGAGAGGACUCCCGAUCCAGUUCGCCGACUAAGCAGAAGAAAGAUCAAAAAAACGGCAAAGAGGGGACGAGCAAACAGGCGCUUUCAAGAACAACCCCCUCCUCGCCCGGCGGACAGCGCUCUAGGAACCCAAAGUCUGUGCCACCGAAGACAAAGGCGCCCCGAGGGAGCGGCGCGCGACCUCUGGGCUGGGGCCCGGCCGCUGAGCCCGCUCGGCCCGCUCCCCGCUCGGUCGCGGACCAUGUCUCGAGUCCCGCCACCCGCCCGCGGUCUGCUGCUCCCCCUGCUCACGCUCGGCACCGCGCUCGCCUCCCUCAGCUCGGCCCAGAGCAGCUUCAGCCCCGAAGCCUGGCUGCAGCAGUAUGGCUACCUGCCCCCUGGGGACCUGCGUACCCACACACAACGCUCACCCCAGUCACUGUCAGCUGCCAUCGCUGCCAUGCAGAGGUUCUACGGUCUGCGAGUGACGGGCAAGGCUGAUGCAGACACCAUGAAAGCCAUGCGGCGUCCCCGCUGUGGUGUUCCGGACAAGUUUGGAGCUGAGAUCAAGGCCAAUGUUCGAAGGAAGCGCUAUGCCAUCCAGGGCCUCAAAUGGCAGCACAAUGAGAUCACUUUCUGCAUCCAGAAUUACACCCCCAAGGUGGGCGAGUAUGCCACAUUCGAGGCCAUCCGCAAGGCUUUCCGUGUGUGGGAGAGUGCCACACCACUGCGCUUCCGAGAGGUACCCUAUGCCUACAUCCGCGAGGGCCAUGAGAAGGAGGCCGACAUCAUGAUCUUCUUCGCUGAGGGCUUCCAUGGUGACAGCACACCCUUUGAUGGCGAGGGCGGCUUCCUGGCCCACGCCUACUUCCCAGGUCCCAACAUUGGAGGGGACACCCACUUUGACUCUGCUGAGCCCUGGACUGUCCGGAAUGAGGAUCUGAAUGGGAAUGACAUCUUUCUGGUGGCUGUGCAUGAGCUGGGCCAUGCCCUGGGCCUCGAGCAUUCCAGUGAUCCCUCAGCCAUCAUGGCACCCUUUUACCAGUGGAUGGACACAGAGAACUUCGUGCUGCCUGACGAUGACCGCCGAGGCAUCCAGCAACUUUAUGGGAGUGAGUCAGGAUCCCCCACCAAGAUGCCCCCUCGACCCAGGACCACCUCCAGACCCUCUGUUCCUGAUAAGCCCAAAAACCCCACCUAUGGGCCCAACAUCUGUGAUGGGAACUUUGACACCGUGGCCAUGCUCCGUGGGGAGAUGUUUGUCUUCAAGGAGCGCUGGUUCUGGCGAGUGAGGAAUAACCAAGUGAUGGAUGGAUACCCAAUGCCCAUCGGCCAGUUCUGGCGGGGCCUGCCUGCUUCCAUCAACACUGCCUACGAGAGGAAGGAUGGCAAGUUUGUCUUCUUCAAAGGAGACAAGCACUGGGUGUUUGACGAAGCCACACUGGAGCCUGGCUACCCCAAGCACAUUAAGGAGCUGGGCAGAGGACUGCCUACCGACAAGAUCGAUGCUGCUCUCUUCUGGAUGCCCAAUGGAAAGACCUACUUCUUCCGAGGAAACAAGUACUAUCGUUUCAACGAGGAGCUCAGGGCAGUGGACAGCGAGUACCCCAAAAACAUCAAGGUCUGGGAAGGAAUCCCUGAGUCUCCCAGAGGGUCAUUCAUGGGCAGCGAUGAAGUCUUCACCUACUUCUACAAGGGGAACAAAUACUGGAAAUUCAACAAUCAGAAGCUGAAAGUCGAGCCGGGCUACCCCAAGUCAGCCUUGCGGGACUGGAUGGGCUGCCCAUCAGAGGGCAGGCCAGAUGAGGGGACUGAGGAGGAGACGGAGGUGAUCAUCAUCGAGGUGGACGAGGAGGGCAGCGGGGCCGUGAGUGCCGCUGCCGUGGUGCUGCCCGUGCUGCUGCUGCUGCUGGUGCUGGCAGUGGGCCUCGCGGUCUUCUUUUUCAGACGUCAUGGGACCCCCAAGCGACUGCUCUAUUGCCAGCGUUCCCUGCUGGACAAAGUCUGACCCCCACCGCUGGCCCACCCACUCCUACCACAAGGACUUUGCCUCUGAAGGCCAGAGGCAGCAGGUGGUGGUGGGUGGGCUCCUCCCACCCCUCCCCAAGCCCCCUCCUGCCCCUCACUCCCUGCCUCCCACCUUUGUCCCGUGACUGGCCUCUCUACCCUCCACCCUGGCAUCGCUACUUCCCUAGAUGGGUCCCCUGGGGUUCAAGAAGGUCCACCCCUUCCAGCCCCUGCCCCUCAAGGGAACCCUGUAGCUUGGUGUGUGUCCACCCCCAUCUGAAUGUCUUGGCUCUGCACUUGAAGGCAGGAUCCUCAGACCUCGCUGGUAAAGGUCAAAUGGGGUCAUCUGCUCUUUUCCAUUCCGUGACAUACCUUUAACCUCUGAACUCUGACCUCAGGAGGCUCUGGGCACUCCAACCCCCUCUGGCCCCCAAGUGUAGCCAAUGGGCAAUCUCCCACCACUCUCUGUGGCUAAAGGAAAUCUAGCCUUGUUGUGGGGGUGACCCUGAGAGAGUGAGUGGGUGGGGGCUGCGCAGCCAACCUAAGACCUUGGGAGGAAAGCUCAGAGCGGCUCAGUCCACUGCACAAAGACCUGCUUCUGCCUCCCUCCCCACCUUCCACGGAAGGAGCCUGAGCCAUUGAAGACUAAACUGGGGCUGCAGAAACCCAUCAGCCCUACCCUCCCAAAUGUUAGCCAUGGACGGGGAUGUCAAGGUUGGAAGAGCUGAGACCUGGGGGUGCAGACACUGGGGUGUGAGGCCAAGGGGAGAGACUGUGGGGGUGAGCCAGAAGACCACACAAAGGAAGAACUUCAUUCAAAUGCAGGCGGCUGGGGCAGGGGCCCAAGGGCAGAGCAGCCAGAGGGGACAGGACUGGAC